AAUAGUUGUGUCUGGAGACAGAAAAAAUCCUGAAAUUUAGAAAUAGCACGUAAAUUAAGAUUCGUAGAUUUGAAGUUUAGUUGCUAGAAUUUUGACUUAUAUUUGAAGCGUUUUGUCAUUUGAGGUGGUAAAAGGUUAUUUUUUAGGGUUUUUUGAGGUGUUUUGGUGGAUUUUUACACAAUUUUCUGUCGACGGCUUUGUCUGAACUUGACGCAUUAAACCGAGGCACCAGCCAUUCGUAGUCUGAUUUACGACAAUUUGGUCUAAAAUGGCGAAGGUCGUGUUCCUUUAUCGCCAAUUUUUCGUCUUAAAUCCUCACCGAUUACCAAGAAAAUAGGAAUGCUAAUUCCUCAAGAGUUCCUUUGUAUGCAGGAUGCCUACAGAAGAUGUGGCUUACCAGCAAAGGUUAAGAAUUCGUCGUACAACCUUGGGUUUUGGUGUGAUUCAAGUUAUUCUUGGACUUGCUCUGACUGCACUCUCCUUCACUGCUUUCGUACUGUCUGAAUCAGAAAAAAUACGCAAUGCCUGUCCUUAUUGGGCUGGUUUUACGGUUUUAUGUAGUGGUGGAGUUGGGAUCUUUGCAUGGAGACACUCAACAGUCCUUUCUAUGGGAUUGUUCACAUUUUUCUCAGCGGUGUGUGUGGUCCUCCACAUGAUUGGCACUAUCCUAACAGGAGAGGUUGGUGGUCUUCUCAAAUCCAUCAUCCUCUGUCAACAAAACAUCAUCAAUCAAUCAUGCAUGUGUUGCGACAGCAUCAUGACCUGUAAACAGAAUAUCCCGUCGUACAAGUUUGAGGGAGUAGAAGAUUGCAGCAUAUUGACUGGUUUACUCAAGGAACUCUUGUAUAGUUUGUGUGUGCUCAAUAUAUUCGGCUCACUUGUGUGCUUUAUUGCUACUAUAUUGGGCUGUACAUCUGUGGCAAGACAAGCUGGGAGAGAUCAGCCCCUCUUUAGGCGGCGUCUAUCAGCUCCAUCAGACAGCCAUGAACAGAGUCAAUAUUCCUGGCUACACUACUCAACAGAUCUCAACAUGUUACCCUCUUAUGCCCCACCUAUAUACCGAUCUGUGGACAAUUUCCAAGACUGUGGUGCUACGCCUUAUAUUGUGCCUCCACCUGUGUAUGACCCUACAGACCUCCCCCCUCCCUACUCCUCUGGAAAUGUCUCGUUGUCGAGCUCUGGUUUCUCUCUUUAUGUGCAAGGUGAAGGACGCAAUGGCCUGGGGAGGGGAAGGGAGUGUAAUUCAAGUAUUGUCGUCCAGGAAGUUGUCUCAAGCAACUCAGAAAACCAAUUCCAGCAAAGAAUUUACAGUGAAAACCGAGGCAGACCAGGAAAUGCAGUCCGACCAGGAAAUCCAGUCAGAAUUACCAGUGCUAUUCUAACCAGAAAUGGGGUCCUUGAAUUCCGCAGUAAUAGAAGCAGUAACCAUGGCGACAGGACUGCUGACCAAAGUUUGAAUAGUUCACGGGCUUCACUUCAAAGUGAGGCUAGAAGACCUUUGAAUAUCAUUGGACAACAGAUAGAAGGGAUAGCGCAGCGUCUUGAAACCCGUGUCUUUCAAAGAUAUGAAAAAGCAGAGGAAUGCAAAGAGGUGGAUGAGUCUGUAAAAAAACUGGAUCCAAUCCAAGACCAAACUUUAACUUCCCAAAAUUAUAAAUGGAAAUAUAGAUCCAAGAAAAAUAUAAAUGGAAUUCAGAGACAUUUAAGCAACGUYGAACAGUCGACAGAAAUCAUAAGGUUUGAAGACAGAGAUGAUGAUAACGAGAGGAACCCAGUUUCUAAUGAAGCUAAUAAUGUUAAUAGUAAUUUAAUAUCUAAAGGUACAUGUAAAAUGGAUAAUGACGUUGUUGGUGAACGACAGGUGAAUUCUUCAUUAUCAGCAUUUGAAGAGGAACCAAGUUCCAAUUCCAAUUCUGAUUCAGGACUAGGAGAUGAUAUGUCUCCUCUGUGCCAAUCCGUUAAUUUAAGUAGUGAUAAUACAGACUCUAACUCGUUAAAUAUUAUGGAUACAGACAAAUGUCAAGGAGACUAUAUAUCAUGCAACGAGAGAUCAAGGUUCGAUGCUUCUGAUACUAACCUUGAUAUUGAUGUGCAUUGCGAAGAAGGGAACUGCAAUACAACAAUGCAAGAUGUUAAUACAUUGACUGCAAUCUCAGAGGACAUGCUUGUUGGGGAUCAUGAUAAAGGGAAUUUUGAACAAUCUUUCCUCAGAGGAGCUGCUUGUAGCAUAGAAUCUGGAACUUCUAACGCGAUGUUUGAAUCAUCAUUGGACGAUGAAUUCGAAGGAGCACCUUCGAGUGUAUUUGGGAUAUCCAAUGGCCUUGAACCAUUGAGGCAGUUUUUUCACCAAGUGCCGUUAGCAAGGCUAAGUGAAACACCGAGCAGUACUGGUCAAGAAAGUGAAGAGUUUAUUCCCUAUCGAGAUUGUAAAAAGAGCGAGAACCAAGAAUUGAAUCUCAGUGAAGAAAGACGGCAUGGUCAAUUUAUAACUGGUGAUACAAGUUGUUUGAGGUCAAUACCAAAGGAAGCAAAUCAUCAACAUAUGAUGCCUAAUCAUGCAAGUCAUCAGUUGAUGCCAAGUGAUGCAAGUCAUCAGAUAAUACCAAGUGAUGCAAGUCAUCAUCAAUCAGUUCUCAAUGCAAAGCAGCAAUACAUGUUGAUAGCAAGUAAUAAAGAUCACCAGAUGCUUCCUAGCGAUGUUAAUCAUCAUCGGUUAACUCCUUCAGAUGCAAGUCAUCAGGGAUUGCUUUCUAACGAUGCAAAACGACAAUAUAAGUUGUUACAACUUGAUAUGACUCAUCAUCCGUCAAUGUCUAGUGAUGUAGAACAUUGUCAGUCAAUUUCUGAUGAUGCCGCAAGUCAACUGCGCUUUCAAUUCGAUCAUAACAUUAUGAAGCAGGACGCCAGCAGCACUGGGUUAUUACUCUCAAUCGAUGAUGCAAGUGAUUUACAUUCUUCCUGCCAUGGUAUUCCUUUUUUGGUUUCUAAAGUAUCCAGAAGACAUGGUCCUGAAAAUGCCGCUGGUAUGUCUUGUAUGGGUUAUAGAUUAUUAGAAAAUGAAGUAUCUGCAGAAUGCUGCAAAGAUAAGUAUUGUGAGCCUGAUAUCAAAUUGCAAAGUUUAAGAGAAAAGGAUAAGAACGAUAGUGAAUUGACUGCAAAGGAAUCGGUCAGAAUCGAUUGGAAUCACAAUGGGAAAACAGAUGAAGAAAUUGCAUUGAACAGAAAUAAUAUGCUUGCUUGUCCAGGGAAGCAAGAAAAGAGUAAUUAUGAAAGAAAGAAGGAAGAUAAACACUUUUCCAGUAUGUCAAGGAACAGGUCAAGUGAUGAUACUGAGGAGGUCAUUCACUUCACGGAUGAUUUUAAAUCUUCUAACGACAUCAACAGGAUUGGGCUACCUGUGGCUGAAGUGGAUGCCAAUCUAGAGGCCUGGGAACAAUUAAGUCAAUAUCUUGAGCAACAGCCAGCCAGUAGCAUACAUGACACACUUCCAAAAGAGGAUUCCCACCAAUUAGAAAGCAGUAUGUCUAGUGGUAGAUCAUCUGUGGAUUGUGACUGCGACCAUGCCCCAAAUGAAAUUCCAUGCGACUCUCUUGAGACAAAUUUUGCUGAAACUUUAAGUGAUAGUGGAUCAGAACAUGUACCACAGAUAUUGCUAGACAACAAACCUCUUGCUCGAUCUGAUACAUGUAUUGUCAUGGAAACCAACUACCUUAAACCUAGAGAGAAAAUCCGGACUUGUUCUGAUCCAGAAGUGAAGGGACUUGGGAUUACCGGAGGGGAAUUUCAAACUCACAGAAAAAGGAAUCGUGGAAGGCUUUUCUAUGAUAAUUGUAUGGGUAUGGCUCCUCCUAACAUUGAAUUGCCUGUUGAGAUAAGGCAUCAAGGACUAGGAUAUUGUCCAGAUGAAAGUAAAGUUCAGAAUAAAAACACAGGAAAUGGAGAGCAAAAAUUGAAGCAAAAAACAGAAGGAAAUGUGAAUAAUUUGGUGAAAAAUAAACCCAAGGCUCAAAGGUGUCGCCAUAGGAACAAAGAAUCUUCUCGAAGGAAUAAGGAUGAUCUGUUAAAAAAAGAAAAAGCACUGAUGAAAAGCAUCAAAUCAAGGAACGAAAUGUCCAGAAGUUUCGUGCACCUGUACAGAGCUAAAAAGUUGACUCAAAGCGGCAAAGAUUCAAAGAGCUUCUGCAGUCCAGGUUCAGAGGUUAAACAAAAUGCUUCGAAAAAAAGAAAAGUAGUCCAAAGAGUGCAGGGUGAACUGGGAAACAGUGGGCUUGUGUCAAGUGUGGAAUACCUUGAGAAAGACAGUGGUACUGGCCAAGAUAGUGAAGGUAAAGAAACUUUUGUUUGAAUUAGAUUGAGUUGUUUUGCAUGUAAAGAGACCUUGGAGCAUAUUAUGGCUGUGACAAGCUUACAGUAUAGGUGCAGGACUUAAAAUAAGGGCCGGUCACUGGAUGAUGUCCAGCCAGAAUUGGAAUGUCUGGUCAAAUUUUUGUCUUGCUGGACAUUUUGACCAGUAAACAAGGUAUGGCCAAGCUAAAACUAAUUUGGAGACUGAUAAUGACCAACAGGGCAAAAAAACAGUUUUUAGCCUUUCAUCAUAAGGACAGCUUAACGUAUCGUAUAGUUCCAAAAAUUAUCCAUACCCCCAUCACGGAGGAAUUUUUUUAAGACACCCCCUACCCCCCGGAUUCCAAUUUUCUUCCAUACAAACUCUGUAAUUUUUGUUCUUUCUC